UAGAAAAUUAAAUAGCAAACCGAACAAACACAACCUCUCGCUCCCUCUUUCUGGCAUUAUUCCUAGAAAUUCUUUCGGGGAGGCUCUUCGCAAUUUCCGCUUCUUCCUGCCUCCCUCCAUCUGUCCCUCUCUGUUCGUCUGUGUUAUGUUAUUUUGUUAGUUGAGAUUGAUUGGGUGAUUUGUUGCUUUUUCGCUUUCAAAUUUUCUCUUAUCUCGAAUUGAGCAAUUGGGCGUUCAGAUCCGGCUGUAUUGGCUUUGCUUCGAUCAGGGCAAAAACUGCUGGUAAAGAUUUCUGUUGACACGGGUUCCUGAGCAAGAAUGAAGAAAGCCUUUGGUCAAACUGUUAGGGACUUAAAGAGAGAGGUCAAUAAAAAAGUGCUCAAAGUUCCUGGAAUCGAGCAGAAGGUUCUUGAUGCGACAAACAAUGAGUCCUGGGGUCCUCAUGGAUCACUUCUCUCAGAUAUUGCUCAGGCUUCCAAAAAUUAUCAUGAAUACCAGAUGAUCAUGGCAGUAUUAUGGAAAAGGAUUAACGAUAUUGGCAAGAACUGGCGGCAUGUGUACAAGGCCUUGAUUGUUUUGGAAUACCUAGUUGCCCAUGGUUCAGAGCGUGUAAUUGAGGAAAUUAGAGAACACGCAUAUCAAACAUCGACAUUGUCAGAUUUCCGAUAUAUUGAUUCCAGUGGAAGAGACCAGGGAAACAAUGUCAGGAAGAAAUCUCAAAGUCUUGUGGUCCUGGUAAAUGAUAAAGAGAAAAUAAUUGAAGUUAGACAGAAGGCCUCUGUUAACAGGGACAAGUUUCGAAACACAUCAGCUGGUGGAAUGUAUAGGCCUAGUUCAUAUUCAAGUGGAGGAGGAUAUGGUGAUAGAUACGAAGAUGAUCAUAAUGAAGGUCGUUAUGGAAGCAGGGAUGAUGAUCGGAAUGAUUAUGGAAGGGAAAGAGAUUACAGUUAUAAGGAUGAUGGCAGAUAUGGGGACUCAUCCAGUCGUGAUGGAGAUCGUUAUGGAAGAGAUUAUGAUGAACGCUACAGCAGAGAUGGGUUCAGGGAUGACAGGGGAAGAAGUCGUAGUGUUGAUGAUUACCAGUAUGAAUCAAGAAGCAGGAGCUCUGAUAGAGAUCAUGCUUUUGAUGAUGAUGGCCAAUCUUCAUCCCGUGGCAGUGGUGCCAAAGCUGACGACCAACAUCAAGAUGGAAGUAUUGUCAGGCGGCCUGAGCAAAAUACUGGUGCUCCUCCUAGCUAUGAGGAAGCUAUUGGUGAAUCUAGGAGCCCCAUUUAUGGUGAAAGGGAUGGAGAAGCGUCAGCGUCAUCUGUUCCCAGGGCUUCUUCUCCUCCUGCGGCAAAUAAUCUUAGCCAAGCAAAUGUUGGCGUUGGGACUUCUGAAUCUCCUGAAAGCCAGAAAGUUGAGGCAUUCGAUGAAUUUGAUCCGCGUGGUUCUGUUUCAGCUUCCCCCACUCAAAAUAGUGCCCCCUUUACCUCAAGCAGUGCUGCAACUCCAACUGGCACAAAUAAUAGGGAAGUUGACUUACUUGGUUCCCUUUCAGAUUCAUUCCCUCCAAACCCAUUGGCCGUCAUGCCAGCUGCAUCUGCAGCCACGGCCUCUGAAACUGUCGGGCAGGCUAAGAUGAUUUCAGGAUCCACACUUGAUACCACGCUGCCUGCAUCCACGGUCAUUAAUCAGUCUUUUGAAGACCCUUUUGGUGACUCUCCUUUCAAAGCCAUCCCUUCUGCAGACUCUGCUCCUCCAGCACAACAAAGUUCGGGUUCCGCAGCUCCUUUUCAGCUUGCCAUGGAUCAAAAUGCUGAAAUGCCCCAGCCAUCUGUGACAAAUGCUGGUGCAGUCACUAAUUUUGACUUUGCAGACUCCUUUUCUGCCAUAACUUACCCUACAUCUAGUGCCCCUGGCGCUCAACAGCCUUCAGAGAACUCACAGUUUUUGCCUGAAGAACUGUCUGCUGUGCAUCAAGAAACUGAUAUCUUGGCAGAUAUUCUCCCACCAGCUGGUCGUCCACCACUUCCAGUAGCUUUGCACGGAGCCUUUUCAGGUCCCGCUGACCAACCUCAACCAAAUGCUGAUGUGCAAAGGAAUUUCCAACAGGAGGCCGGUUCUUUGGCUCCAGUGGCUGCAAACAUGGGUCCUCAGGCUCCUUCAGGACUAAUUACCCAAUUCAAUGGUGGGGGUUUCGUUUCGCAUGGAGGACCUACAGCUCCUGCUGCAUCAUACAUGCCUCUACAAAUUCAAUCUGGACCUCCUGCACAGCAUCUUACACAUGGUUCUGCGGCCCCUAUUUCUCUAGAAUAUACUCAUCAGACCACAAAUGGACUUGGUACCCAGUAUACCAAUGGAAGCUUCCUUCCCCAACAGGUUUAUGCCGCCUCACCUCCUCCACAAACUGCUCAUCAUGCCCCUGGUGCACCACCUGCACAUUUUAACAAUGGAAACUUCACUCCACAGCAGUUUUCUGGAGCCCCUGCUACUUCACAAAUUGCUCCUCAAACUACAGCUGGACCAGCUGUACAUCAUAACAAUGAUUUUUUAGGUAACAUGUUUGCUCAAGGCCCAAACACUCCCAUAACUUCACAGCCUGCGAGCAUAUCUUCUACAGGAUCACUUGCCAUAGCUCCUCAGUCCAAGGACAAGUUUGAAACUAAGUCGGCAGUUUGGAAUGAUACAUUGAGUAGAGGGCUGGUCAAUUUGAAUAUAUCUGGACCUAAAAUUAAUCCAUUGGCAGAUAUUGGAGUUGAUUUUGAUUCAAUCAACCGUAAGGAGAAGAGGAUGGAGAAAACCAGUGCCACUCCCGUCAUAUCUACUAUCUCCAUGGGUAAAGCUAUGGGAUCUGGUUCGGGAAUGGGCCGAACAGGUGCUGGUGCUCUUAGGCCUCCAUCAAAUCCUAUGGUGAGUCCUGGCAUGGGAAUGGGCAUGGGUGGAGGUCCUGGUGCAGGUAUGGGCAUGGGUGGAGGUCCUGGUGCAGGUAUGGGCAUGGGUGGCUAUCCUGUCAUGAAUCGACCCAUGGGCAUGGGUAUGAACAUGGGCAUGGGAAUGAAUAUGGGGCAAGGAGUCAAUAUGCAACCGCAAACUGGCUUCCCACCCGGUUCAACCAUGCCCAGUGGUUAUAACCCUAUGAUGGGCACUGGUGGGUAUAACCCAAUGAUGGGCCCUGGUGGUUAUCCUCAACAACCAUAUGGCGGUGGCUACAGAUGAAAUGUAGCUACUAGACUGUAGUACGGAAGGAAAUGCAUACCAGUUACCCUUACGAGGUAAAAAAUUAUGGCAUAACGAACUCUAUGAUGCCGAAAGCCCCAUGUUUGUUCCAUGAUGCAGAAAGUCCCGUCUUUGUUUCUGAAAACUGUAUUUUUUGUAGUAGCUUGCUAUCUUUUGGAAGUGGCCUGGUCUGAGACAUUGUGCUGUCUCACUUACCCUGUCAUUUCUUUGGGAAAUUCUUUAAGGUUUUUGCUGAUUUCACCUGUUGUGAAGUAAGUGUAUUUGUGAGGAGUUGGAGAUAAACUUUCAGAUGCUAUUGUUAUACUUUGCAAUUUCCCUUAUACGUAUGUAUAUUUUUUUUGUUACACUGGUGUAUGAACUGUAUUAUAGUUGCUUAAUGAACAAUAAAACUCCCUACUUAUUUUGCAUGCAAAA